AUGGGCUUGAGGGAAUUUUUCAAGAGCCACAAGAACAUGAAGGGCAAAACAGGCCGAACACAGGAAAGUAGUAGUAAUACAACCCUUACUGUCAACUCUUCAUAUGCCAAUAGAGACUCAUGGGACGAAGCUUAUGAUGCACUCCGUACCGAGAACGAGGAUUUGAUUCGGAAAGUGCUGCUUUCACGGCACAGAAAUAGGUCCUCCAGGCGUGAAGAACAGUUACGACAGGUAGUGACCACAGUGGUUGACGAGGUAGACCUCGCUAAAUGGCAAACCAAAGCUGGGAGUCACUCCUUCAUCCUUCGUGGCCAAUUUGACCAAGCAGUCAAGAUUGUCAUAGCAUCAAAGGACUUUAUAUCUUCGGCUGUCAGUUCUGACCCUCACGCUGCAUUGGCCUGA